AUGUGGCGUGGUGCUCGCACUGGUGAACGUCAGUGGCUAACAGAAAUUGGUGAAAGAAGGAAUGAUUCUUUAUUAGAUAUUGAAUUUAUUGAUUGGAAUCCUGGUAAUCGCAGCCGUUUUUAUUCUGAUAAUUUCAAAACAAUAUAUCAAUAUUCCGAAUAUAAAUAUUUACUCCAUCAAGAAGAUUGGUCUUAUUCAAGCAGACUUAAAUAUUUAUUACUUUGUGGUUCUCCAGUCAUUUACACGAAUUUUUACGGAUGGCAGGAAUAUUGGUACCAUUUACUAAAACAUGACUUUAAUAUUAUUGAAUUUAAGGCAAAAGGUAGUGAACUUUCAUUUUAUAACCUCACGCGAGAGAUAGCAAAAAACGACAGAAAAGCAAAAUACAUUGGGUCAAAUGGACGAGCUUUAGUUCAAAAGUAUUUAAAUGACCAAGCUAUUCAACAAUAUUCUGAUAUGAUGUGA